AUGUUAUUUAUGUUUAUAACAUACAUUCUUUUUCUUAUCCGAUUUUCCUUCGGUGAUGAAUGUCCAUCAUUAAAGUAUUGUACAUGCUCAUCAGAUAAAACUAUAAUACAGUGUACAAAGCGUCAAUUAACGAACAAACUAUUAUUAAAGCUCAAUAAUCAAUUAUCUAAAUCAACAAUUCUCUUAAAUCUUUCAUCAAAUUCUUUAACAUCAAUUAAUUCUUUAUCAAAUUUAAAUUCACUUCAAAUACUUGAUCUAUCAUUUAAUAAAAUUCAACAUUUACCAUCAAAUAUAUUUUCUAAAUAUCCUCAAUUAAUUUCGUUAAAUCUACAAAAUAAUUCAUUAAAAACAAUUCCAAAAAGUUUUACAAAAAUUUCAAAUAUAAAUCUUAAUCUAUUAAAUAAUCGAUUUCAUUGUACAUGUGAAUUUAAAUUGUUUAAAAAAAAUAAUUUUUUUAAAAAUGUUAUCUGUCAAAAUAAUAAACCAUUCAAUGAAAAUGAUUUUUGUCAUAUAAAAAAUUUUCUUCAAAUUAAUCCUCAACAAUCACAAAUUGCUUAUGAAAAUGAACAAUUUAUAUUAAAUUGUUCAUCAAAUUUACAACAUUAUUGGACAUUAAAUAAAAAAUUCUAUCCAUCUACUAUGACAACAUUUUCAUAUUCAACAAUAAUUAUUCAUCAUUUACAAAUGAAUCAUUCAGGAUUAUGGACAUGUCAUAGUUUCAAUUAUAAUCAUUCAAUACGGCUAACUGUUUUAAAAAGUUCACCGAAUUAUUUUUGUCAAUCAAUACAAAUGAAUACAUCAAAAGGUUAUUUUUAUUGGCCACGUACAUCAAUUAAUAAAAAACUUCCAAAAUAUUGUCCUUUUGGUUCAGCAGCAUGGUUAAAAAAUUCAAAUGAAUAUGCUCAAGCAUGGUAUACUUGUUCAUCUAAAGGACAAUGGAUUAAUUUUGAUAUAUCACAAUGUGCAUUUCAAACAAAUAUAUCACGAGUAUUUGAUUAUUUAUCAUUAAAUGAAACAAAUUUAUUAUUAAAUUUAGUUGAAUAUCUAUCAGAAAUAAAUCAAGAUUAUUUACAAUUAAAUGAUAUGAUUUUAUUAAUUGAUUUAAUUGAUGAACAAAAAGAUAAAUAUCAACAGCACGAUAGAAUGAUUUUAAUUUAUCAUUUAACAGAUUUUAUUUUACAAAUUAAAAAAAAUGAUUUUAUUUUUUCAAAUGUAUAUCAAAUUGCAAUAAAAAGAUUAAGAUUGAUAAUAGAACAUUUAUUGGAUUUUACUAAUCAAUCUUGGUUAUAUAUUGGAAAAGAAUUAACUGCUAUGACAAUACAAUCAUCAACAUUAUGUUAUGUACCUAAUCGAUCAUUGUUAACAAUUAUUUGUGACAUUGAUAAUCAAUCUCAUGAGUCUCCAUUAGCAACAAUUCAAUUUCCAUCUCAUUUGAAUGAAACAAGUCAAUAUUCAUUGUAUCGUAUUAUUAUUUAUCGCCGAUCGACAUUAUUCACAUCGAAUGUGAUAACCAAUAACAAUAAUCCUGUUAUUCAUAUACGACCAGUAUUAAGCAAUAACUUAUCUACAAUUAAAUUGACAUAUUACGGUCAAUUAGAACAAGCAUCAAUUGGAAUUUGGUAUUCAAAUCAGUCCUCAUGGCAAAUGAACUCAUCUAUUUGUAAAAUAAAUGAACAAAAUUCUAAAUUAAUUUCAACAAAUUGUAUUUUAUUCAAUAAUGAUUCAUUAUCAAUAACAUAUCUUAAUCAUAAAAAUAUUUUUUUCCAUACAAAUUAUUCACAAUAUUCUAUUUAUAUUUCCUCAUUAAUUGCAUCAACGUGUUUCUUUAUUUCUAUUCUUGUAUAUAUUUGUUUUCAUAAAGUUUAUCAAAUGUCAAGAUGUUUUUUUCAUUGUUCAAUCAAUUAUUGGUUUAAUCUUGGUAUUUUAUUACCAUUAUUUGCAUUUGGUAUGCAACAAAAUCAAUAUCAAUUUUUAUGUCAAUUUAUUGCUACUAGCCUUCAUUAUCUUUGUUUAACAACAAUACUUUGGUUAACAUUAUUAACUUAUUUGAUUUGGAGAAAACUAUCCGUUAUAUCAACAAAUAAAGAUUGCCAUAGAAAAUUUUCAAUAAUGAUUAAUGAUGGUUUACGAACAAUCGAAUUAAAAUCUCAACCUGUUAUUCAAUUCUAUUUAUUGGCCUAUGGAAUAGCAUUAAUUAUGUGUUGUAUUAAUAUUGCUAUAUUACAUGAACAAUAUAUGAUAAACAAAAUAUGUUUUUUCAAUAAUUUAUAUUCAAUUCUAAUAUUAAUUAUAUCAAUGUCCGUAUUUAUUAUUAUUUUACUUUUUUUUCUUUUAUCUGCUUGUAAUCAUAUAAAACGUUUAACAAAUGAAACAAAACAUUUAGAUAAUUUAUCAAAUGUAUCUAAAAUAAAACCAGAAAAUAUUUUAUUAUCAAAACCAAAUGAAAUCUUAUCAAUUUUAAUUCCAUUUAAUCAAAAUAAUGAACAAGUUUUAUCAAAUAAAAAUUAUCAACAUGAAUCAAUACAACAGUUAUUAUCAAUAUUAUUUCAAUUAAUUCUUCUUAUAUUUUUAUUUCUAUCAAGUUUAAGCAUUUAUCUAAAUCCAUUACAUUUAUUUAAACUACGUUUUGAACAUAUUAUUUAUAGUCAUCUAUAUGGAUUUUUUGUUUUAGUUCUUUCAUUUUAUAUAUUUUCCUAUUACGUUUUAUUACGUAUUGAUUUGAUAAGACAUUAUUAUUUUAACACAAAAAAAAUUGAUCACUUAUCUAAUCAAUCAAAUAUUGAAUCAUCAUCAUCAUCAUCAUCAAUAAAUUUAAGAAUAAAUUAUCAAUAUGAUGUUCCUUCAUCGCCAAAACAAAUAUCUAUAUUUCCAUCAUCAUAUUCCUAUAAUUCAUCAAAUAUACAUAUUCCUGAAAUAUUACAAAAUGCUUCAAGAACAUCAAUAAACUUUGAUAAUAUGGAUAAUUUAAAACUUUACACAAAAAUAACAUCGGAUUGUUGCAUUUGUCAUUGUCAUAUACUUAAACCCAAUGAAAUAAGUUCAUCACAAAAUACUCUACAUGAUACAUUACCAUCAUCAUCAUCAUCAACAUCAUCAUCAUUAGAUAUAAUCAUGCACGAAAUUAUUGAUACACACCAAUUUCAACAUAAUGCAUUCAAUGAACAAACAAUACAAAGAUCAAUGAAUGGUUCAAUAGAAUUUUGUUCAAGACAAACUGACAAUAUCCAUUUGCAUUCAUCUUCUACCACGUUAUCUCAACCGCGAACAUCUCCAGCUCUAGCAAUUAUUCGUCUAUUACCCAAUAUUCAUUUCUCUUCACGAAAUAUAAAUAAAAAUAUUUCAAAUUCUACAAAUAUUAUUCAAUCCAAUGAUCAUAUAAAUCUAUCGAUUGAACCAAAACAUAUUAGUAAAAAUGCCCAAAAUUCUCCUUAUAUAAAGUCAUUACCAUUCACUGCAAAAUACGAUGCUACAUACACUUCUGUAACUCAAACUGAUCAUUUAAUUCAGCAAAAAUCAUCAUCAAAUGAAAAAUUAUCAAUUUGGAAAAAAUCUCCUUGUGGUCAUACACAACUCGCAUACAUUGAUCAAGAUGAUGAACAUAGUGUUUCACUUAAAUCAUUAUCUUAUGAUUCAAAAACAUCAUCAAGUACUAUAUUAAACAAAAAAGAUCAUAUACAAACAUUAUCAUCUUCAUCAAAUUUUUCCGAUGAUUCCUAUUACGAUAUUAUUCGUACAAAUCAAAAAAAAUUGCAUGAAAGCAGUGUAUAA